AUGAAGUUCCUCGUCCCCGUCGCUCUGGCGACCUUCGCGACUCUCGCCUCGGCGCACAACAAGGCCGACAAGUGCGACGCCCUGGAGAAGAAGAUCCCCAUCUGCGCCCAGCCCUGCGUCAACGGCGCGGCCAAGCAGUACUGCACGCCCGGCGACCUCGACUGCGGCUGCGCGCCCAAGACCAUUGAGAAGAUCAUCGCCGACUCGGCCACCUGCGUCGCCAACGCCUGCAAGGGCCAGGGCCCCGUCUUCCCCCCGCUGCGCACCUGGUGCCAGUGCGUCGUCGGCAAGCCCUCGGCGACGACCACCACCAAGAAGCCGACGCCGACGCCGACCUGCGCGGCGGAGGUGUCCAAGGUGCCCAAGUGCGCGACGGCCUGCGUCAACGAGGAGGCGUACAAGAUUUGCGAGAAGGGUGACUUGAAGUGCGGAUGUGCGCCGGAGAACCUGGAGAAGAUCAUCAAGGGCUCGGCCGAAUGUGUUGCCAAGGCCUGCAAGGGUGAGGGGCCUGUGUUCCCUCCGCUCCGGAACUGGUGCGACUGUGUGAACGGUGGCAAGACGACGACGACGACCACCAAGACGAGGACCACCAAGACUUCCAGCCACACCUCGCACACCUCGCACACGUCUCACACCUCUCACACCAAGAGCCAUACUUCCCACACCAAGAGCCACACCAAGACUCACUCCGUGACGUCUUCGGAGACUUCGGCCACGGCCAGCGAGACGAGCACGACCACCUGGUCCAACUCGACCACGACCUCCACGCCCGUCCCCUCGUCCUCCAAGCCCAUCACCCUGACGUCGACCUACACCACCACCAAGGUGCACACCAUCACGUCGUGCCCCCCUACCGUCACUGCGUGCCCUACCGGCGGACACGAGGUCACGGAGACCAUCGUCACCACCACGACCUGGUGCCCCGAGACGGAGGUCCCUGCGCCCACGACCCAGCCUGGCGAGACCGAGACCGUGGUCCCCAUCCCCACCGGCCCUCCCGCUGAGACGGAGACCGAGGCGCCUGUCCCGACCAGCCAGCCGGGCGAGACCCAGACCGAGAUCCCCAUCCCCACGGGCCCGCCUGCCGAGACGCAGACUGAGCUGCCUAUCCCGACCAGCCAGCCGAUCCCUACCCAGGUCACGCCUGGCCCUGGUGUCCCCGGCGGUAACUCGACCGUUACGUCGUCGCCUCCGCCCGCCGUCACUGCCGCCGCUGCCAUGAUGCAGCGGAGCACCGGCCUCGUGGCUGGCGCUGUCGCCGUCUUUGCGGGCUUCGCGUGGCUGUGA